ACAUUUCCUUACACUCCCCCACCACCACAGGUGUGACACCUGAGGUGAUAUGGUGGUCCCUCGACUCGCAUAUCGCUCAUUUUCCCACUGAGAAUUAAGAUUUCUCACAGUACCAGAGCUGCUGAUUGCCAAUUGCCAAUUCUAGUCUCCUAGACUGAGUCAGCGAAACGACAUGAUCACGAUUCAGCCCAGCAAGCUUUGCUUCACCAGGCACGCUAUGCCACGUGGCACAAUCCUGAGACUGUCUAGACCGCUGCCGCGUGUCACCCUCGUGCUGCUCUUAGUGCUUGGCUUCCUCGUGAUCUCCGCGCCUUGGCCAACCAAUCAUUUCGGAUCACCGUCUCUCGAAGCCUUGCCUCGACGACACAGACGACAGCUGCUGCUGCUAUCGUCGCCGGGACUGACCACUUUAACGUCAACGUCAACGUCAGCGUCAGCGUCAGAUGCUCGGUUUGGGUCCAUCAUCGCCAGCAAAGCCUUACAAGAGACGAUCUUUUCCUCUCAAGAACCAUCAUCGCAGAGGCAUUCAAGCUCGGCCCGAGGAAGCGAUACAUCUGGAGCUGGUAACUCCUCGAUUUCGCCAGCGCACACGGACGGAGCGUUGCAUAUGCGUCGCCAUGUCAGGCCGGAUUUCUUUGAGCCAAGUGUCGCACUUUCGGAUGUGCCACGUCGCAGCAACGAAAGGCGGCGACAUCUUCAUGGAGGGAGCAGCGGAAGCGGCAUAGGAACCGCUGCUGCUACUAGCGGUAGUACUGCUACGAACAGUGACGUCUGCGUGGCAAUAGCUACAACGCCACGUGUCUUCCCGGACGAACAAAACCUGCCACCGUGGUCCUCUUCAGUGUUCCUCCUCAGCAUGCUGGAGCAGCGGCGGUCUCCGCCUGACAGCGCAGGCGGCUUUAAAGACAUGCGCGUCGUCGUCUACAGCUCCGGCUGCAACGGGAAAUCGCCACGAGCCGCGACGGCAGCAGGAAAUAGUAGCAGUGCCAGCUCUACUAAGGAGGACGUGGCGGCAGUGCAAAGUUCUCCUGAGGAUUUGGAAGAGCGCACGGAGACACUCGCGACAACGGCUCAUCUGCGAGCUCUAAGGUUCGCCGCGCGAAGAUCUUCGCUGGAUAUAACCGUGUUACCACCUCGACAAGAUGCGUGCGAGUUCGUUGAGCUGGACGCGGAGAAUGUGCGAAAAAUCGGUGUUACAGACGCGAUGGCAAGCGACGGCUGGGAGGCUUGGCGAUGGCGGACGAAGCUGGUAAUGGAUUUCGUCUACGUGAUGCGACAGUGCAUGGCGACAAAACCGAAAUACAUCCUGCUUCUCCAAGACGACACUAUGCCAGCACAAUUUUACGAUAUCGGUAUCGAGAAAUUCAUUGACGAGGAUCUGAAGGGGAAAGAGUGGCCCUACUUAUCGCUCUACAACCCCGAGUCGUACUUCUGGGAAUACCCGCACGGCGGGGAAUACCUAGUUCCGUGCUGCGCUCAGGCUCUGCUUUUCAACACAUCGGCAGUGGAAAGCUUGCUAGGGUUUAUGGAGGAGCGUUUUCUGGAGGCUCCUAUGGAUUGGCUCCUAAAUCAAUACCUCAUUCGGUCUAACCGGACGGGAUAUGUCCACGUGCCGUCGCUGUUUCAGCACCUCGGUGCUGUGAGGACUAAAGCGCCAGGAGUGGUUUCCUCUACACACGAAGACAGACAGUUUCAGGACGACUAUGUAGUUAAUCUAAUGAUGGGAGCGUGAUCGACUAACGGUGGUGACGGUAGUUGAAAUAAUAAUGUAAGAGGCAGUUCGUCGUCAGAAGUGUAAUCUCGGCAGGUACCGGAGUAUACCCGAUAAGGAGAAGUGACGGUUGAUCCUGUUUAUAAAA